AUGUAUGAAGCAGCAAGUGGGAAACAGAGUACGAGCAAAGGAGAUCUUUCUACUAUUAAGUUGAACGUUUGUUCGAAGUGCAACAAUACUGUUGAUAAGUACAUUGAGUAUGAUAAUUUUAUCUUAUUUAUUGACAUAUUGCUAUUGAAUGCCGGUGCGUUUAGACAUUUGAUAUUCAAUGUGUUGGAGGAUGAGGAAGUGUAUUACAGGCAUGUCUCUGAGCACCAAUGUGCUGACACUGGUGGUGGAGCUGGAGCUGGAGCUGGAACCGGGGAAGACCAUAGGACGAAGAGCAAGCUCUGGAGAGCAGUGAGACGACACAGAAAGUUUCUUCGGCUCUACACAGUGUGUGUUCUCUUCGAGGUGUACUUGAGUUGGGCCUACGAAGAACGGAACUUGCCCUUAGAUGUGCUCGAAGCGGUGCGGGGCCGACACAGUGUGGGCAGUGCGGUUGGUGCGGGAUACGUGCGCGUGUACUUACUGUAUUUGGCACGCUGCGUGGCCGGCUCGGCCGUGAUGCAGGUCCUGGUCGCAGCUGUGGUCGUGGCGUUCUACGGUCACAGCGGACACGCACCCCCCGCGGGCUGGCAAAGCGUCGGCAUGGUGGUGGUAGUGACACAGGCAGUCAAGUUGCUUCCUGUUGUAAUGUUGAUUUGGCCGUACGAGUCGCAGGUGCCGGUUCAGAUAGUGCGCUGUCUCGGCAAUUGCUACACCGUCGAGGGGCUUCGUAUCGUGCUUGGAUGUCCAAGGACCGUGGCGGCGGCGGCGGUGGUGCUUGCGUUGAGCACGAAGAUGCUUCUCCGGUUCUUGUGCGGCUAG